AUGGGGGCUGCUAAGAAUGCGAAAUCAUAUGCAGGGCAGCGUAGCGCAUCGCAUCGCGAGCACGUGGAAAUCAUAGCGAUAUCCAAUAAUUGUACAGAUACCGAAUACCUCCUCACAUGGAAGAUCUACUUCAGUGUGGGCGAGCACAGUCGCUCUGGCCAUCUCAACUCCUUUCAAAAAUUCAUAGCUACCAACCCUCAGCAAUUGCUCGGCAGCCCUCACCUGCUCACCAUAGCUGACCAGACGCCGUCGUUGUCGCCUCAUUUCUUGCUGCCAGCAACAUUGACAACCAACAACAGCAACAUCAUUAUUAACCACAAUAUCAACGGCCACAACAUAAACACCCGACUAGCGACCGGCGUGCACACUCCCCCCCAGCAGCAAGUGUUUGAAAAAGCCAUCACCAUUUCGUCGAUUGCGAUUAAACGCAGGCCGACGCUGCCGCAAACGCCAGCGAGUGCCCCACAGGUGUUGUCGCCCAAACGCCAGUGCGCCGCUGCCGUCUCAGUGCUGCCCGCGGUUACUCCGGGCGCCGUUGCACAUCUGCAAUACGAGUACGCUAGCUCCCCGGCCGCCGCCGCCGCUGCUGCAGCCGCCGCCGCAGCAGCUCUUAAGGGACAUCAGCUGAGCUUCAAUCCGACAGCAGCUGCUGCCGCCCAAUUGGCCGCUGCCGCUCAUCACGCUGCACAUCCCACAUCGCAGUUGGCCGCCGCCGUAGCCGCACAUCACCAACACCAACAGCAACAACAGCAACAGCAGCAGCAAGCCGUCGUUGCCGCCUACACAGUGCACCAGCAACAACAGUCGACAGCGUCUCACCUCCACACGUCACAGCAGCAGCAUCACCAGCAACAGCAACAGCAGCAACAACAUCAGCAGCAGCAACAGCGUCUGGCACAGUACAAUCAAGCGGCCGCUGCCGCUGCUCUGCUCAAUCAGCAUCUGCAUAACCAACACGUUGCAGUUUUACAGCAACAGCAUCCUACACAUUUUGUUAGCAGCGCGCCACAGACGCCUCAAUCAGCCUAUAGCGGCUAUCAGCUGCGACACGCCCACUACGCUCCACAACAGCAGCAACAGCAGCAUAUAUUGUUGAGCAGCAGCAGUAGCAAUAGCAGUAACAAGCACACCGGCAACUGCAGCAACAGCAAUAACAGUAGCAACAGCAACAACUCAGCGCCCUCGGCUAACAGCAGCGUGCCUGUGGCCAAUAAUAUAACAGCAGUUACCGCAGCACCAACAGCAAUAACAACAAGUGUAGGAGCAGAAGCAACAACAACUGCAGCAGCAACCACAACUGCAUUGACCGUUGCGACCACACCAACGGCCACAGCAGUCACAGCCGCUGCCGCCACAGGGAGCAGCAACAACAACUCACCAAAUAGCUCGCUGCACGAGUCGCACGAAUCGAACUCCUCGUCCGCAUCGACAACACCCUCGCCGGCAGGCAGUGUGAGCGCCAUUGCGGCCACACCCGCUAGCGACAGCAACAAUAACAGCAGCAGCAACAACAACACAACCGGCAACAGCAACGCCACAGCCAUAAUGGAGAAUCAAAUGGCUUUGGCCCCCCUGGGACUGUCACAGAGCAUGGACUCCGUGAACACGGCCAGCAAUGAAGAAGAGGUGCGCACACUUUUCGUCAGCGGUUUGCCCAUGGAUGCAAAGCCGCGUGAGCUUUACUUGUUAUUCAGAGCCUAUGAGGGCUACGAAGGAUCUCUACUUAAAGUCACUAGUAAAAAUGGCAAAACCGCUUCGCCCGUGGGUUUUGUAACAUUCCAUACAAGAGCCGGUGCCGAGGCCGCUAAACAGGAUUUACAGCAGGGUGUACGCUUCGACCCCGAUAUGCCCCAAACAAUUCGCUUGGAAUUCGCCAAGAGUAACACGAAAGUGAGCAAACCCAAACCACAGCCCAAUACAGCGACAACAGCCUCACAUCCUGCAUUGAUGCACCCACUCACUGGACAUCUGGGCGGUCCGUUCUUUCCGGGCGGACCCGAGCUAUGGCAUCAUCCGUUAGCCUAUUCGGCUGCCGCUGCCGCUGAGCUACCCGGAGCUGCUGCACUGCAGCAUGCAACUCUAGUGCAUCCGGCACUGCAUCCGCAGGUGCCCGUACGCUCCUAUCUCUGACUAAAUACAGACAAAGUUAUGGAGCAGCCUAUGCAUCAAACUCAAAUGACAAUGCCACCACAUCAUCAGACAACAGCUACUGCUAUUCAUCCAACUACCGCCAUGCAUAUGGCGGCUGCUGCCGCUGCGGCUGCGGGCCAGGGUGGUCCGGGCGGUGGCGGUGGAGCUGCUGCGGCACCACAAUCCGCUGCUGCGGCAAAUGCUGCGGCCGCUGCUGCACAACAUCAUCAUUUUUUAUCCAGUCCCGCUCUGGCGAGUCCGGCCGGUUCUACAAAUAAUGCCACACAUCCGGCUAAUCCGCAAAUAGCCGCCAAUGCGCCCUGCUCGACGCUCUUUGUGGCCAACUUGGGUCAAUUUGUGUCCGAGCACGAGCUCAAGGAGGUGUUCUCUAGUAUGCCUGGCUUUUGUCGCCUACGAAUGCACACAAAAGCAAUGGCCCCAAUCAGCGGCGCAAACUCUACUACUAACAAUGGCCAACAUCCUGUAGCUUUCAUUGAGUUCAAGGAUGCUUCGAGCGCUGCACAGGCCAUGCAACAACUGCAGGGCAAGUAUUUGCUCUCCUCGGAUCGUGGCUCCAUACGCAUCGAGUAUGCCAAGACCAAAAUGCUCAACGACAUGGUCAUGCUAAAUGGUCACAAGCAACUCCAGCAGCAACAGCAGCAACAACAGCAACAACAGCAACAACAACAUCAGCAGCAGCAACCACCAACACCACAUCAUUUGCUAAUUUUGAAUGGCGCUUAUGCAACAGCAGCAACAGCAACUGCUCCAGCAACGUUGCAAUCAUUGGAUUUGCCACCGCAUCUUAGCCAUGUUAAUAAUAGUAAUUUGCUCGUCACUGCACCACCACCACCAACAACAGCAACAACAGCACCAUCUAAUGCACCAUCAGCACCU